AAUUAAAUAAGCACACGCCUUAAAGUAAGCUGUGGAGAAGCUAUAGCUGGAUUGUCCACCUAAGCAGAACCAUGUCCGGACUCAAGAUAAUACAUUGCCUGCCAAUUUUUAUUAUUUUCAAUGCCUUUUGGUUUGCCGACUUAAAAACAGUAUCCGAAACAGUUCACGAUCGGCUGUGGCAUGCUCUUUCUAGUGUAGGAAUUAUUGUUCAGUCCGGUGGAAUGAGCAUGGAAAAGAUUGGAGAAUCGUUGGCAAGUCUGCAACACGUACCAAAGGCUAAGCUACAGACUAUCAAAACUUUGAUGGGCCAAUACGAGAAGGAAAACGGCGCUCCUGCCCAAAACAAAACGUGUAAUGGCCUUAUAAUGUGUCGAGUUAAGGGUAUUAUUGGCUUUUCCAAAACAGUCCGAGUCUCAGUUCUUAAAAAAAAAUUUAAAUGAUCAGAAUUAAAAAAAAAACAUUGUUGUAUUAAAUAUUGAAAAUGCUAAAGUUACCCAGUAGCAAUCAAUAUAUAUGUUUUAUAAAAAUAUAUUCAUUAGAUACCACAUCUUCACAGUGAAAAAUAUACAAAAACUUGACAAACAGCAAA